AUGAGUACGGAGUUUCUGAGUUUUCUCUCCUGAUUUUCCUCCCCUCCCCUCUCUCUCUUUCUCGAUUGUGCCUAUUCUUUAACACCGUGGAAUAGGAAGGGUGGUUGGUGCUCACAUGAUUGGAAUCACACUUUUGGUGGUUUCAGGAGUGUGGGGGCUGCAUAGAUCUAGUGGCUAUAACUUUACAUAAGUCCAACCCCCCUUUUCAAGAAACAUUGAUUUUGCGUAGAUAACCGAAUAUGUGAAAUCUAAUCAGGCUUGAUACAAAAAAAAAAGCCUGCUAUAGCUGUGCUUCCCACACACGCGGGCUCACGGGCGGUACUCGCAACGCACGUUCCCUUUUUUGGGCCUUCACUGCGUUGUCGACGUUUUCUUACCAGCUUCUGCGGCUGCGUUCACCACCUGUAGGGACAGGUGCGUUCCUCACUCCCAAGACUACCUCCCAGCUGACGAGGUCGCUGAUCGAGAGUUCCAUCUUGCCGGACGUUCACAGCUGCUAGCAGCUCGUUAUGAAACCCUCGACGUGGCUCGCUUAGAGUAGCUCGGGGUAAGUGCUUCGAUACACCCAAGCUUGUUGCACGGUGUACUUUGCACUUGGAUCCCUGCAAAUUCUUUGUGGGGGCAUUUUGCUCCGGGCCCUUGUUGGGCAACGAGCUAAAUCGCAUAUCUCUCAGCAGACCCUUUGCCGUCCUUUGCACCAACCGCGCCCCAACUGUCUUUAUACAGUGUCUUGCCUUUGUCGCAAAGGUAUGCUGAGACGAUCAGUGGACUUGCUCCAUCAUCAGUUGCAGCCGACUGACAUCCAGAAGCUUGGGUCGCAAAGCUCCCAUUUGUCAUCCCGCCCACCAUCCCUGUGUAUCACCAAGAAGUUCGGCCCACUCUCUGCCGUUUAGAUCAAUCUCUUGCGGUUUUCCCCAGAAGGCUGGGUUUUCACCGCUUGAGGUAUUUGUUUAACAACUCCUACACCACCAAUGUUGUCCUUCGUCUUGCUGCAACUCGAACCACUAUUCCGCUACGACUCGCGCGAGUGGUCAGGAGAGUCGAAUUGGUAAGCGCACCUUUUUUCGGGAGCAAACGCACCAACUUGCGCGAAGAAUGCACCAUUUGUAGGUGA